AUGUUUGAAUAUAAACGGCCUAUUUCUUCUAUAAUAGACGGUCCGCGGUUUACCAUUGCGCAGAUAGGAAAUGCGUACUGUGUGGUGGCUGCAGUGGGGAAUUUCUACAAGACGUACAGCGCAGAGAAACUUAGCACACUUGGGCGCUGCCGCGAGGGAGAGACCAUCAAAAGCAUCACUUCUUUGGGAAGAUACGUUGUUGCCGCAGCAGGCACAGAGAUAGAUAUAUACAACCAGGGAGCUAGCAUACAAAAGAUAGACGUAAAAGAAGAGAUCAAAGAAGUUCUGGCAUACGAAGACUUUCUGGUGGUAAAGCUUGAAAAAAAAGUCAUAAGAGUGGAUUUUGACGAGAUAGAAAAGAUCGAAGAAAAAACAGUAGAGCACACAAUAACAGAGCUAAGCAACACACCCAGUGAGAUGGAAAGCGUGCACAAGCUAGAGCUAAAGAACAAGCUUCUAAUUGUGGCGCAGGGCCAGCUCCACAUAUACGCGAUUGACAAGAAGAGAGUUAUAUACACGAUGAAAUGCGCGAGUAUAAGUGAAAAAGUAGUCGAUGUAUCAAGUUCUAUUUCGCCGGAAAUAGUGGCAAUAUCCACAGCAAAAGAGGUCAUGGUGGUGCAGCUCAAGAAGGAUGUGCUCCUCCAGCAGUUUGCCUUUGACGGCAUACAGUCAGUGGACUUCAGAAGAAGCGUGCAGCACAAGGAGCUUGCAGUGCUGACAGAAAAAGAAGUCAUUAUCCUCUGUUUGGAACAGGCAGUUGCCAAGAAAAGAUACUCACUUGCACGAAAGAAAGCCUCUAGCACAGAGCCCUCCUAUAUGCACACCGCGCGGUACAUUGGAUCGAAUGGAUACCUCAUUAUAUCGCAGAAAAACGAGCUGCAGAUCCUUGACUGCCAGCAGAGCAAGAUUGCUCUGUGCAAGAGGAGAGGAGGCGUGGUGUUUGGAGAGCACCAGUGCUCUGAGUUCCUCCAAGACACGCUAGUGGUCUCUACGAAUGGAAGAGUGUACACGCUUUCUCUUCGAAAGGAAGAACAGCUAAAAGAGUUCUCCAAGAUGAACGCACAGGGGCAUCCAACAUCGCUUGCCAUUGUGCGAGAGAAUAUCCUUGCAUGCUACACAAAGGGCAUACACUCGCUAAAAGAAACAGUAGGAGGCGUAACAGAGACAAAGAGAAGGCUGGGAAGCGGCACUCCAAAAGAGUACAUUGGAGCUGUCCUCUCUUUCUGCGGGAACGCCAUGGCACUCUCCAUCAAAGAGAGCGCUGCAGCUGUAAAGAUCCUCGUUGCGUCCAGAGACUCAGGGUUUAUCCUUGGCGAGAUAGAAGAGAAGCCCUACCUUGCGCUCUCCAUAAACAACAUCAAAAAAACUCUUACAGUUCUCCACGCAACACACAUUGUUGUAUACUCAUACAGAGGAGAAGUUCUUUCAAAAACAGAGAUAAGCUGUGCAGAGCUCGAGACACAGGAGAGCUUGAGCACAGGAGAGCUGCUAGGAAAAAUAGUAGAAACUAGGGCUUACAAAUACUGCAUAGUGGCAUCUUCUUCCCACAUAUGCAUAUUCAGUGGCAAGGGAGAAAAGAUAAAAAGCAUAGCAAAGGCAGAGGGAGUGCCGCUGGGCAUCAGAGUAAGCACAGAUCUGAGCUGGAUACUUUUGAUGACAAAAAGAGAACAAGGUGCUGUUCUAGAAGUGGUGGAUAUGGAGACAUGCUGCAUUCUAUCAGAAACCUCGUUCCCGUAUGUGCCAAAAGACUUCCUUAUAACAGAGGACAAAAGCAGACUGAUUGUUACAACUGCUAAGCAAAUACUGCUCUUCGAAAAUACAUACAGAAUGAAGAAGGUCGAGCACGGAGAGGCAUGCGUGGAGUCACAGGGCAUUACUUUUAGCUCAGCGCACAAGUCUCGCAUCCGAUUGCUGCUCUCGUACGAGUCAUUUGGCGUUAAAGUCGAGGACGAAGGAGCUGCACUGUACAUCCUGCAGAAAGAGAACAUGGAAAACAGUCUUUCACCGGAGUCCAGCGCGCUGAAGAGCAUAGAAGCCUUGCUAGACGGAAACUGCCCCAUCUCUUCUAUCAUUGCGCACAUAAAAGAGACAGAAGACCCCACAGGGCUGAUCAUAGACCUCAUCGCGCACCUGGAGACAAAAUACGACAUUGCAGAGGCUUUAGUCAAUAGAGUGCUGUACUACAGGAGAAGAGACCUUGACAUGGACAGACUGAGCCAGCCUCUGAAGACCAGAGAAGAAAUAACAGAGCGGUUUAUUGCAACGUACCUAUCUACACUUUCCCUGGUUGAAAGUACAUAG